GAUAUGACGACAUGGGUAGACUGUCAAAGGGACCACAUCAACCAUCUGCAGGCGAGCGUCAGGAGAUCACAGAGACACUACGACACUCUAGAGCUUGGGGAAGAUGGACACGCACUGCAAAUUAACAUUUCGGUCACUGAAAACGACACGAGGCAUCGUGCGAAGCUACAUCAAGCAUCACCAGGAUAUUAAGACCAUCCUGACUAGUGAUGCACCUAUUUCUUCUCUGGUCGUGAAACUUGGAGCAUCAAAAUCUCCAAGUGGUGACGCUGGAAGCCAGACGUCCUCGUGGGGUCCCAUUGUCGACACACCGGAUACAAGCCUUGUCAUCGAGUCUUCUGAAGGCAGUAGGGAGCGCGACCUCUUCACUGAAGAGGUGAUUGACGUCCCAGACAUGAAUGAUGACUUGAUGAACUACACUGCGACCUCCCCUAGCGACCACACUGAAUGUGACCGUGGCUGCACGCCCCACUCGGAACCACAGCGGCCAAUGCAGACGAUUCCUCCUGCAGGAUGGGUCCCGACAGCACUAUUCGGACCGCCCAUGCCGAAGGCGCGGCCACCGAAUCCUCGACCGCCAACGCCACUUCCUCCUAGCGAGGAUGCUGCUGUCAACCAGGGUGAUGGCUCCGCUGGACGUUAUGAUUAUCCUCCUCCCGAAAAGCCCGGCGGGCCAGCACAUAAGGCGUCUGUACCACAAGCUCGCCGAUCAGAGCUUCGACCACCCACUCCAGAUGCAGCCCCUCAAGACAUAAUUGUCGAUCGGAAUGAUGAUUUGGGGGUACGCCAUGAAUACCGACCACCGAGGAAGCCACGGCGGCCGCCAAGAUCAUUGGAAUGGGUCAAGACAUGUGGGCAUUGUCGCACUCAUGGAAGGAGAUAUUGGAACGGACAGAGCUCCUGCACAAGCUUCACCUACCGUUUGCAUGUGUCAUUCCUGAUUCGCGUGCAAUGGGAUGGUAAGUAACGGUGAGAAACCGAGUUUUAGUGCAACAGAUGUGAUUUGAUGUAGGGCAGGUAUAUCAUUAUCUGGAUAUCAAGGGGCAAAUUACAAUGCGAUUUUCUCCCAGCACGUUUUGCGGCCUACCU